GUAACCGUUCCUGGGACUGCUUAGCGAUUCUCAACCAUCAAAACUUUGAGUUUUCUUUCCUUUUUUUCUUUUUACUUUCUUUUUAUAUUUGACCUUCUUACAUAGGUACCAAGCACCCUUUUAAAAGCCUAUGUAGCAUACUCGAGUGCAAUGGAAGUGUCAGAUCGCAGCCUCACGAGUCACCAGCAACAUCUUAACCAUCAGUCAUCAUCAAAAUGGCUCCUUCACAUCAUCGGUAUCAACCAUCAUUUGAAGGAAUCAUGUCCGUUUCUGAUGAAGCAGCCAUGGGAGCGGCUGAACGCGCUCUGUUGAAGAACAAAUUCCAGCGCAUUAUCAACCAUUUUGACCGUGCAAAUGGAACGACCAACACUGGUGGUGACAGCCAAUAUAACCGGCCUCGACUAGUCCGUCUUACUUAUGAGUAUGCGCGCUCCGAGGCAUCGAAGGACAUGCUUUUGCGGGCCUUUUUCUUGUCGACGGGACUUUCGUUAAAUGACGACGACCUUGACUUCGAGAAUGGCGAAGAGGAACUAAACUUAGGCUUAUCUCGCUUUGCAGAUUACCUUUUUGAGAGCUUAUUCUUGCCCUUGCGUGCCUCUGCCCUCAAAACGUUGCAGUUGUCGCCGUCAGUGCCAGAUCGCAUCGGCACGCCAGAACGGAUAGCAGAUCUUCGGACCGACUGCCUUGCCCGCGACCGCCACCGUUGUGUGGUUAGUCGUCGGUUCGACAUCGGGGAAGCCGCUGAACGGUCUAGCAAGUCUGGCGCCAUGGCUGAGGAUGACGAUGGCAGACGCCUUGUAGAUGAUACGAGGUUCGCUAAGCUAGAGGUCGCCCAUCCCCUUCCGCGUUCUAUCACGGAGAAGGGAAGUUCCCCUCAGCUGCCACCCUCAAAAAAGGCGGCACUUGAUAUUCUCAAUAUGCUUGACCGCGGAGUAACUGAUGUCAUCCAAGGAACCGAUAUUGACGGUCCGCGGAACGCUAUCACAUUGAGCGCGGAGUUACAUCAGAUGUUUAGCAACUUUCAGGUGUUCUUCGAGGCAUUGUCUGGCCGAGAACACACCUACAGAGUUCAAACCUUCGUUGAACCCUACAUUAUGCCGGAUUUGCCCGUCGAACGCACACUCUACCUAUCAGAGAGCCGAUCUAUCGAGCCGCCCUUACCGCGCCUGUUGGCUCUCCACUCCGCCAUUGCACACAUUCUUCACCUUUCUGGGGCGGGCAUUUAUAUUGAUAAAAUUGUUAAGGAGUUGGAGUGGAGGGACACAAGGGAAGAUGGGACAACGGAGCUCGGUCAGCUUGUCGCGCUCAGGUUAGACGGCUGGAUUGAUGCGGUUUUGCUUAGAUGAGCCCCUGGUUUAGGUGAACUUGUGACUGUGGAGGGCUGUGCUUAUUGGGUAUCAUGGUAGAAUCAGUGUCGUUGUACUAUUACGAAUCUCGGCAAAGGCUGGGAGGGGUGUUGUGGGAGGAGAGGACUGUUAUUUGCUUCUAAACGAGGGAUAAAAGAUAGAGAAAAUUACAGGAAGAAAGCCAAAAGAAGACGAAAAGCAGAAAAUAAGAAUUUGAAACUGAAGGAAGAGAGAAAGGUAAAGGAAAAGAGUGGGAAAAAAAAAGAGAGAGAGAGAGAGAGAGAGAGAGAAAGAGAGAG